GGCUCGGGGCCGGUGUGAGCGCGGGCGGCGGCGCAGCGGGCCCGGCCUGGAGAUGGGAGAGAUAGAAGGAACAUACAGAAUUCUGCAGACACCAGGCUCUCGUUUGGGUGCCCAGAAGGCCUCAGGAGUGAGUACCUUGGAGCCAGGACAGAACCUCCUGACUGCCAUGGCAUCAUCGCCUGCCAAAGCGCACGAGCGCGACCUCCCCAUCAAAAUAAAGAUGUUGGACAACACAGUGGAAGUAUUUGUUGUUGAGUCAAAAUGUUAUGGGCAGACGUUGUUGACAGAGGUUUACAAGCAUCUGAAUUUGAUUGAAUCAGACUACUUUGGAAUUGAGUUCCAGAACAUCCAGUCAUAUUGGAUUUGGCUGGAACCUAUGAAACCUGUUAUUAAACAAGUACGGAGACCAAAGACUACAAUGCUUCGUCUGGCUGUCAAGUUUUUCCCUCCAGACCCAGGUCAGCUGCAAGAGGAAUAUACCAGGUACCUGUUUGCAUUGCAAAUCAAGAGGGACCUGGCAGAGGAGAGGCUGACCUGCAGUGACAACACAGCUGCUCUGCUGGUCUCCCACCUCCUGCAGUCUGAAAUAGGGGAUUUUGAUGAAUCGGAAGAUCGAGAACACCUUAAAACAAACCAAUAUUUGCCAAACCAGGAAAAGCUUGAAGGCAAGAUCCUGGAGUUCCACAGGAAGCAUGUGGGUCAAACUCCUGCUGAAUCUGACUUUCAAGUGCUUGAAAUUGCCCGAAAACUGGAGAUGUAUGGCAUCAGAUUCCACCUUGCCUCCGACCGUGAGGGCACCAAAAUCAAUCUGGCAGUUUCACACAUGGGUGUGCUGGUGUUCCAGGGUAACACAAAAAUCAAUACCUUCAACUGGUCCAAGGUCCGUAAGCUGAGCUUCAAGAGGAAGAGAUUCCUUAUUAAGCUCCACCCAGAGGGCCCGUAUCAAGAUACAUUGGAGUUUCUUUUGGGAAGUAGGGAUGAGUGUAAAAACUUCUGGAAAAUCUGUGUUGAGUAUCACACAUUCUUUAGGCUCUUUGACCAGCCAAAGCCAAAGGCUAAAGCAGUGUUCUUCACCAGAGGGUCAUCAUUCAGAUACAGUGGGCGAACACAGAAGCAGCUAGUGGAUUAUAUUAAGGACAGUGGGAUGAAGAGAACCCCAUAUGAAAGGAGGCACAGCAAGGUCAGAGCAUCCACCCGCACCUCGAACACAGACGUGCCAAAGCAGAGUGUCCCAUUCACUGAGGGCUUGAGAACUCCAGGGUCUCCUGCCUCAACAGCUGCCCCCUUCCACUCGGGUCACUCCUUGGCCAGUCCUGCUUCUGUCCUGCCCAUGUUUGCUGAACCCAGCCCUUUGUCCUUGGACCCCCGAGCAUCAUACACGAGGAAUGCAGACAAAGGCACUGCAGCACCAGUGGAAGAAGCUGGGAGGAAGCUGAUGCAGCAGCCUGGAUCUCCUGUGCUCCAAGGCCUCCCUGUGGACCACUCCCAGCUCUCCUCCCUUGUGCUGAAGAGUCCCCUAGGCUUGACCCCAGCCUUUCAGGUGAACUUGAAUGCAGUCACUCAGGGCUCAUCUCCUCUGCUGAGCCCUGUGCUCAGCGAUGCUGGCGGGGCCAGGAUAGAAGAGGAUGACGAAACGAAAAGGAAGCGCUACCCCACCGACAAGGCUUACUUCAUAGCAAAGGAGAUCCUUGCCACAGAACGCACCUAUUUAAAGGACCUGGAGGUUAUUACUGUGUGGUUCCGCAGUGCUGUGAUCAAGGAGAAUGCCAUGCCAGAGGGCCUGAUGACACUGCUCUUCUCCAACAUAGACCCCAUCUAUGAGUUCCAUCGAGGCUUUCUGAAGGAGAUUGAACAAAGGCUCUCACUCUGGGAAGGCAGAACCAAUGCUCAUGUGAAGGGGGAUCACCAGCGCAUUGGAGAUGUCAUGCUCAGGAACAUGCGCGCUCUGAAGGAGUUCACCAGCUACCUGCAGAAGCACGACGAGGUCCUGACGGAACUGGAGAAAGCGACCAAACGCCUCAAGAAGCUGGAGAUGGUUUAUAAGGAGUUUGAACUGCAGAAGGUUUGCUACCUGCCCCUCAACACCUUUCUGCUCAAACCCAUCCAGAGGCUGAUGCACUACAAGCUGAUCCUGGGGAGGCUGUGCAAGCACUACACAGCAGAGCACCGGGAUUUCGCCGACUGCCGCAAUGCGCUGAAGGAAGUCACAGAAAUGACCUCACAGCUGCAGCACAGCCUCAUCCGCCUGGAAAACUUCCAGAAGCUGACAGAGCUACAGCAUGACCUGAUUGGGAUAGACAAUCUCACAGCACCUGGCAGGGAGUUUAUCAGGGAAGGUUGCUUGUACAAGCUCACUAAGAAGGGCUUACAGCAGCGGAUGUUCUUUCUGUUCUCAGAUAUGUUACUGUACACAAGCAAAGGGGUCACAGGGACAAAUCAGUUCAAAAUCCACGGACACCUCUCUCUGCAUGGCAUGUUGGUGGAGGAGAGUGAGAAUGAAUGGUCAGUCCCACACUGCUUCACAAUCUAUUCUGCACAGAAAACCAUCGUGGUGGCAGCCAGUACCCGUCUGGAGAUGGGCAAGUGGAUGGAAGACCUAAAUGUGGCAAUUGAAAUGGCCAAGAAAUCUACUGAGAAAUCUGAGAUGCUUCUGGAGAACUCCGUGUGCAACCGCUCCAACAGAUCCUCUGAUGAGGUCUCUGUAGAACAGGAGUCCGAAGAUGACAUUCACUCCUCUCGUAGCUCCUUGGACAGGCAGAGCCACCACCGUGCCAACACCACCAUGCACGUGUGCUGGUACCGCAACACCAGCGUCUCCAUGGCCGACCACAGUGUGGCCGUCGAGAACCAGCUCUCUGGGUAUUUGCUGAGGAAGUUCAAGAACAGCAAUGGCUGGCAGAAACUGUGGGUUGUCUUCACCAACUUCUGCUUGUUCUUCUACAAGACACACCAGGAUGAUUAUCCCCUGGCCAGCCUCCCCCUGCUUGGCUACACAGUCAGCUGCCCUGUGGAGGCAGAUGGCAUUCAGAAGGAUUAUGUCUUCAAGCUGCAGUUCAAGUCCCACGUGUAUUUCUUCAGGGCUGAGAGCAAGUACACCUUUGAGAGGUGGAUGGAGGUGAUCAAAAGAGCCACCAGCUCUCCAGCCAGGUCCAGCCUGCUGUUUCCCAAGGAGAAGGACACUCACACAGACUGAUGGGGCAGAGCUGGAUCUCUGCUGGCAACACCAACAAAAGAAGCAGGUGGGAACAGGAGUCUCUGGAGUUGACAAAGCAAAGACCCAGGAGGCUCAUUCCCCCCAGCAUGGAAAGUGGGAGCAAGGGGGAGCAGACAGGGAUCACAUCCAUUCCCAAGGGUGUGGAAAAGGGUCAAGUCUGUUCCAGCUGAACCUACUUAGAGGGAACCCAACAGCAGCAGUGCUCCAUGCACACACAUCCUGGAAGGGUUCUUGUUCCAUUGGACCUGUACAGUGACACCUUUACCUGCCCUGAAGGCAGGUACCACCUUCUUUUUACAUUUUGACUGGAUGAUCAGCACACAUGGGAGAAAACCAGCAGCUUCCAGGGGUGUGGCUGGCUGGCAGCAGUGGGUGCCAGGGCUCCCAGACACCCCCUGUGCCAGGUGUGGGGCUGGCAGCACAACCUGUCCUGCUGCUGUGAGCAGACAUUGCAGCUCUCCCAGAACAGCUCUGCUCCUCAGGAGCUGCCAAGGCAGCAGUUUUCCUGGGAAGCAGGAAGACUGAGUCUCUGCUGGGCUGUCAAGGUGUUGGUGUAUUGUGGAUCGGUGCAGGGGGGUGCAUGGUUUGUCCUCUGAACUCAAUCACUAUUCUCAUAUCACAGCUCCAGUUUCUGUAUCCUGUAGUAGGAGUUAAGUAAGGCAUGGGAUGGCAAACACUCUCCACUCUGGUGUGGGUGAUGUUUUCAAGGCAUUUAAGCACUGUAGGAGAAGAAGCCUCUGAAAGUCACUGCUGCUUUUGUCAUGCAAAGACUUCUGAAAAUCCCUAAUCUUCUAUUCCAGUUCAGGGUGGGAUCCAUCUUCCUUUUCUCAUGAAGGUGUAAAAGUCACUGGAUUCCAGAUGGAGAAUUAGUGUCUGUGGACUCUAUUAAAUUUCUGUAAUAAAUCUGAAAUGUUUGCAGCUUGUUCUGUUUUGUAAAGCUGUCACCUUUGGGUGCCUCCACAGAAGGACUGACAUGCUAAGUGCCACAAGAUGCUGUUGGAUGUGGCUUUGAUGGGCUGUGGGGACUGAUUUGUAUGAGACAGAAAAGUGUUGUGUGUUAACAGAAGGAACAAUGCAGGGAAGCAGUGAAAGCAAAAGGAAAGUGUUGCAUGCUGUGAGGAUGGAGGAAUGUGGAGAUCCCAUGGGACAAUGGGAAGGACAGAGGCCAGCAUGAGUGCUCAGUUAUGGUCUCAAGCAUUGUGGGAUGAGGACUGAAGGGAGGGGGAAUCCAGAGGGAUUUUCUUGCUUGGAUUUGCAUCCUAGAGGAGUGGCUGCAGAUCCAGCCUUUGUCACAAAGACCAUUGUCCCAUCUAAGUUAAAUGUACUUAAUUUAUUAGUGUCUUCAUUUAUUAUUUUUUUAAUUACCUGUUGUAGGUAUAUCCAUGUGGAUUGAUUAGACAUGUUAUACUGUGGCUGAAUAUGACUGUUCAAAGUAAAUAGCAUCUUGGUA